UUUUUACAGACUGGUCACACACACACGUCGUGCUAUGCUUGCAAUGAAUAUGCAAAUGAUAACGCAAAUGAAUCGGCCUCCAUUGUGGAUGACAAAAUGAACCGAUACAGUGUGUCUGUGCGCAUGCAACGCGUAUAAAAUAUGAGUGCUAAAUAAAUUGUUAUUUCUUUGAAUAAAAAAAAAUUGUGUAAAUCUUGCGGUUCGUUGUGUAACGUCAAAAGACCACUAAUUCUGAAAUUCAGUCAAUCUGCUCAGCUGAAUAGUCUAUAGAUAAUAAAAGAUCAAAAUAAUGUGAGAUGGCUGCAAUUACAUUAUUUACAAGAGUUUCCACAGGACUUAAGGUUCAAACCGGUGUCCUAUACCAAUGUCUGAAUCUUCCGUUGAAUUAUCAAUCAAGUCGUAAUCACUCAAAACAUUGGAAUCCCAAAUUCAAAUGGCUUCGUGCAAAGAAAUUUGUAAAGGUGGAUCUGCCCAAUUUCCACGAAAAUGAACAUGCAUUAUCAGAAGACGAAAAGAAACGGAAAAUGAAAGAACGAGGUAUUAUGCCAGCAAGACCUUGGUCGGAACGGCCAAUCAUUUUAUCAGCGACAAGCAACAUCUUCGAGCCCUAUGUUCCACCUGAGGGUGACGGUAAAUUAUCAAAGUUCACAGCAGGCGGUGCGAAGCAAACUUAUGAAUUUUUAGAGAAAAAAUCAAAAUCAAUGAUGGCCGUUCGCAAGAUUCGUGCCUAUGAAGAAGAUUUUUCUCCAAAAACUUUUGGUGAAACUGCUCAAGAUAUUUACAUUCGUACUCAUGAAGCUCUUAUGGGUAACGACGAAUCAGCCAUUCGUGAAAAUGUGACAGAGCGACUAUAUCCAGAGAUUAAACACAAUACAAAAAAUGUGACUAUUCGAUGGAAAUUUUUGGGAUCGAUUGAACCGCCACGAGUUGUGCACGCGCGUCAAACACAUCUUAUCUCAAAAGAGAACAUAUUCGCUCAAAUUACCGUUCGAAUGCAUACACAACAAUCGCUUGCGAUAUACGAUCGAUUCGGCCGUCUCAUGCACGGCAGUGAGAUUCUAGCAAAAGACGUUCUAGAGUAUGUCGUUUUCGAAAAGAAUAUUUCGAAUUUGUACGGUGAAUGGCGAAUGCAUGCCAAAAUUAUUCCUCCGUGGAAUGAGAGCAAACAGCCUUCGCCGACAACGUAUCGAGUCAUCAAUGUCGAAGAUUCCGAUGAAAUUCUCGAUGAACCAAAUCAAAACCAAGAAGAUCAAGAGCAAGCCAUUGAAGCAGUUCAAAUGGAAAAUGAAGGUAGCGCCACAAAGCCACUAUCACCAUCCCCCGUAGCUACAGCGUAGUCCGAAAACGAUACAUUUAAUCUGUCAUAACGAUUUAAGAAAUAAAAUUUAUAUUAAAAUCAAACAAAGAAUAGAAAUCCAUGAUCGGAAUUUUAUUUGUUUCGCAUAAAAAUUAUUGUGGUUUUUUGUAAUAAAUAGAAAAUUCAAGUGUAAAA